CACGCACGGGAAGGCGGACGCUCCCGGCUGCGGGCCUCUUUGCCCGGGUCUCGCGGUCUCGCGGUCUCGCGAGAGUUGGGAGUAAACAGCCCCGAAUGGAGGACCUCAGCGUGUUCGCUGCUGAGGUGCCCUUAUCCCGGGGCCGCCAGACCCGAGCUUGAGGCGGUCCAGGUUGGCUCACAGAGUGAUUGAUCAGCUCCGUGGGACUUUGGUUUUGUGGUACAAAUGGAGUAUAGGACUCAGUCAUCUCGGCUUGAGUGAGAGAAGCCUUAUGUCCAAGAUGGAGAAGAAACGGAGAAAGAAAUGAAAGCCUAUUUUCAGGGCAAGACACUAAAGGCCAUGGGAUUUAACUUUUAUUUACGUUGGACAAGACUGUAAGAUGGCUGAUCAGUAAUGUUGCAACUUUUAGCUGAAACAAAAAUUCACUUUUAAUCAAGGAAGAAAAGUGCGAUUUGAAUUUAUGCAAUUUUAUGAUCUUAUUCACUUGUGACCAUGAAGCUUGUCAACAUCUGGCUGCUUCUGCUAGUGGUUUUGCUUUGUGGGAAGAAACAUCUGGGUGACAGACUGGAAAAGAAAUCUUUUGAAAAGGCCCCAUGCCCUGGCUGUUCUCACCUUACUUUGAAGGUGGAAUUCUCAUCAACAGUUGUGGAAUAUGAAUACAUUGUGGCUUUCAAUGGAUACUUCACGGCCAAAGCUAGAAAUUCAUUUAUUUCGAGUGCCCUAAAGAGCAGUGAAGUAGGCAAUUGGAGAAUUAUACCUCGAAACAAUCCAUCCAGUGACUAUCCUAGUGAUUUUGAGGUGAUUCAGAUAAAAGAAAAACAGAAAGCGGGGCUGCUAACACUUGAAGAUCAUCCCAACAUCAAGCGAGUAACACCCCAGCGGAAAGUCUUUCGCUCCCUCAAGUACACCGACUCUGACCCCGUAGUGCCCUGCAAUGAAACCCGAUGGAGCCAGAAGUGGCAGUCAUCUCGUCCCCUGCGAAGAGCCAGUCUCUCCCUGGGCUCUGGCUUCUGGCAUGCUACUGGAAGACAUUCAAGUAGACGGUUGCUGAGAGCCAUUCCUCGCCAGGUUGCACAAACGCUGCAAGCAGACGUGCUUUGGCAGAUGGGAUACACAGGUGCUAAUGUGAGAGUUGCUGUUUUUGACACUGGGCUGAGUGAGAAGCAUCCCCACUUCAAAAAUGUGAAGGAGAGAACCAACUGGACCAAUGAGCGGACUCUAGAUGAUGGGUUGGGCCAUGGCACAUUUGUGGCAGGUGUGAUAGCCAGUAUGAGGGAAUGCCAAGGAUUUGCUCCAGAUGCAGAACUUCAUAUUUUCAGGGUCUUUACCAAUAGUCAGGUAUCUUACACAUCUUGGUUUCUGGAUGCCUUCAACUAUGCCAUCUUAAAGAAGAUUGACGUGUUAAACCUCAGCAUCGGGGGCCCUGACUUCAUGGAUCACCCCUUUGUUGACAAGGUAUGGGAAUUAACGGCUAACAAUGUAAUCAUGGUUUCUGCUAUUGGCAACGAUGGACCUCUUUAUGGCACGCUGAAUAACCCUGCUGAUCAGAUGGAUGUGAUUGGAGUAGGUGGCAUUGACUUUGAAGAUAACAUUGCUCGCUUUUCUUCAAGAGGAAUGACGACCUGGGAACUACCAGGAGGCUACGGUCGUGUGAAGCCUGAUGUUGUCACCUAUGGUGCUGGAGUGCGGGGUUCUGGUGUGAAAGGGGGAUGCCGGGCCCUCUCGGGGACCAGUGUUGCCUCUCCAGUGGUCGCAGGUGCUGUCACCUUGUUAGUGAGCACAGUCCAGAAGCGUGAGCUGGUGAAUCCUGCCAGUAUGAAGCAGGCCCUGAUUGCGUCCGCCCGCAGGCUUCCUGGUGUCAAUAUGUUUGAGCAAGGCCACGGGAAGCUGGAUCUGCUCCGAGCCUAUCAGAUCCUCAGCAGCUACAGACCGCAGGCAAGUUUGAGCCCCAGCUACAUAGAUCUGACUGAAUGUCCCUACAUGUGGCCCUACUGUUCCCAACCCAUCUACUACGGAGGAAUGCCAACAAUUGUCAAUGUCACCAUCCUCAAUGGCAUGGGAGUCACAGGAAGAAUUGUAGAUAAGCCUGACUGGCAGCCCUAUUUGCCACAGAAUGGAGACAACAUCGAAGUGGCUUUCUCUUACUCCUCAGUGUUAUGGCCUUGGUCAGGCUACCUGGCUAUCUCCAUUUCUGUGACCAAGAAAGCAGCUUCCUGGGAAGGUAUUGCUCAGGGCCAUGUCAUGAUCACCGUGGCUUCCCCAGCAGAGACGGAAUCAAAAAGUGGUGCAGAACAGACUUCAACAGUGAAGCUCCCGAUCAAGGUGAAGAUAAUUCCUACUCCUCCACGAAGCAAGAGAGUUCUCUGGGAUCAGUACCACAAUCUCCGCUAUCCACCCGGCUACUUCCCGAGGGAUAACUUAAGGAUGAAGAAUGACCCUCUGGACUGUGCGGGAACCUUGCUGAUGGUGGACAGUGAGGAGGAGUACUUCCCCGAGGAGAUCGCCAAGCUGAGGAGGGAUGUGGACAACGGCCUUUCUCUUGUCAUCUUCAGUGACUGGUACAACACUUCCGUUAUGAGAAAAGUGAAGUUCUAUGAUGAGAACACAAGGCAGUGGUGGAUGCCGGACACUGGAGGGUCCAAUAUCCCCGCUCUGAACGAGCUCCUGUCUGUGUGGAGCAUGGGCUUCAGCGAUGGCCUGUACGAAGGGGAGUUUACCCUGGCAAACCAUGACAUGUACUACGCGUCAGGGUGCAGUAUCGCCAAGUUCCCAGAAGAUGGCGUGGUGAUAACACAGACUUUUAAGGACCAAGGAUUGGAGGUUUUAAAGCAGGAAACAGCAGUUGUUGAAAAUGUCCCCAUUUUGGGACUUUAUCAGAUUCCAGCUGAGGGUGGAGGCCGGAUUGUACUAUAUGGAGAUUCCAAUUGCUUGGACGACAGUCACCGGCAGAAGGAUUGCUUUUGGCUUCUGGACGCGCUCCUUCAGUAUACAUCCUAUGGGGUGACACCUCCCAGCCUCAGUCAUUCCGGGAACCGACAGCGCCCUCCCAGUGGGGCGGGCUCCAUCAGUCCAGAGAGGAUGGAGGGAAACCAUCUUCAUCGGUACUCCAAGGUUCUUGAGGCCCAUUUGGGAGACCCAAAACCUCGGCCUCUGCCAGCUUGUCCACACUUGUCUUGGGCUAAGCCACAGCCUUUAAAUGAGACGGCACCCAGUAAUCUUUGGAAACAUCAAAAGUUACUCUCCAUCGACCUGGACAAAGUGGUGUUACCCAACUUCAGAUCAAAUCGCCCUCAAGUGAGACCCUUGUCACCUGGAGAAAGUGGUGCCUGGGACAUUCCUGGAGGGAUAAUGCCUGGCCGCUACAACCAGGAGGUGGGCCAGACCAUUCCGGUCUUUGCCUUCCUGGGAGCGAUGGUGGUCCUGGCCUUCUUUGUGGUACAAAUCAACAAGGCAAAGAGUAGGCCGAAGCGGAGGAAGCCCAGGGUGAAGCGCCCACAGCUUAUGCAGCAGGUUCACCCCCCAAAGACCCCAUCAGUGUGACCCGCAGACUGGCUAACGGUGAGAGCCAAAGAGAGCCUGCGGGGACUGCUCUGGUGGGCAGGCUGGGCUAUGGAGAGCUUCUGUGAGGGCUGCUGGCAUGGAAGGGAUCUAGUGUCCAGCUGCAGGAUCACUGGAGUCCAUUCUCAGUGGGCCUCCCCUGUGAUGGUGGGAGGCUUGGGUGUCCUGAAGGAUCUCGUGGCCAUGGGCUCCAACAGGAGGAACUCCACGGCUCAGCCUCAAGUAGGACUUCACACCAAGCAGGUGUGCGAACACCAAAGACUUGGGAGAACCUGGGAAGGCCGACUGGGGUCUUCUGACCUGAGAGGAAGGAUGUACUUUUUAAACAGAUGAAACAAUCCUGACCAAGCUACAAUACGCUUGUUAAAGGCUAUUUUCUAUAUUUAUUGUUGGGGAAAAGUCACUUUAAAGACUUGUGCUAUUUGGAAACAAAGCUAUUUUUUUUGUCAAUGGAAUGCAGUUUUUUACUAUUACAUCAUGAGGAAUAACACAGAUUCCAUAAUCUCCUUUUUGAUGAAAGGACAUUCUGACAUUUGACAGAAACUUGCACAAAUCUGUGAAACACAGACCUUUGCUUUAUUUUUAUAAGUAUCAACUGCCAUCAUGUUUUGUAAUUUGGGGUCUUGAUUUCACCAUUGUUGGUGAAGAAAAUUUUCAAUAAACAUGCACUACCUGUAUGAAGC